AGUUACUAAUUUCGAAAAAAUUCCAUUUAAAUUUUUUAAUUUCAAACAUGUCUGUGUUAAACGUAAUUAAUCCUCUAUUCCAAGCAUAUAUAGUUUAUUCAGCUAUUUUGACGCUAAAACUAAUUGCUGUGAGUUCAAUGACUGGAUACACUAGGCUCACAAGACGUGUAUUCUCAAAUCCGGAGGACGUGAAGAAUUUCCGUGGAGUGGUUAAAUUAGAUGACCCAGUUGUCGAAAGAACACGACGAGCUCAUAUGAAUGAUUUGGAAAAUAUUCCCCCCUUUUGGAUCUUGGGCGCUUUGUAUAUAACCACGGGACCAGGUCUAGCUUGGACGACGCUUCUAUUUAGAAGCUUCACAGUAUGUAGAAUAAUUCAUACAAUUGUUUACAUUUUGCCAGUACCACAACCGUCUCGUGCGAUCGCGUAUGGCAUACCUUAUAUUAUCAAUUGGUACAUGGGUAUACAAGUUGUUUCGUUUUAUAUCAGUGCCAUGUAACUUUUUUAUUUUUUUUUAAUU